AUGGUGUUGAAGAUGGAAGAAAUAAAAAAACUGAGACAGAGCAUAGAUGUGGUGAAACGGAGGACAGAGGAAGAAAGAGAAAGGACAGCCGCAGAGAGAAUGAUGAUGGAGGCUGACAAUCGUGUGGCAGAUCUCUGCAGCAGCUUCAUGCUGAGCGUGAUGGAAGUUAUAGCGCUGACCACAGGCAUUCUAGCCCUACUCACAGGGUGCUCUUCUGGUCAGAAUCUUCUGCCACCGGGACCUCACAAUGGAGAAGUAGGAGGAAGUGUAACAUUCACAACAACAGUCCCAACAGGACCAGAAUUACUAACAAUAACCUGGUGUUUUAAUAAUGGCUCUGGACCUGUAAGUGUAAUUACCUUUCUCUCUACUGGCACUAGACCAGGGCCUGGGUACGCGGGCAGAGUGAGUGUGAACAAUGUCACUGGUUCUCUGGAGCUCAGAGAGCUGACACUGAGAGACUCGGGAGAUUAUUCUGUGACCCUGAUAAAUUACGCUGAAACACUGCCUGGGGAAACUAGACUGGAAGUGUACGAGCGAGUAUCCAAUGUGACAGUCAGGGUCAAUACGACUGACUUAGUGGAGUUCAAUGACACUGUCCAACUAGAAUGCUCCGCCCUUGGCUCCUCCCUCUUUUACCGUUGGCAUAAUGGAAGUUCUGACAUCACGGCCAGUGAGCGCGUUCAUCUGAGUGCUGACAGCAGAAUUCUCACCAUAAGAGUUCUGAGGACUGACCGCGGACCUCUAUACUGCACUGUGUCCAAUGCCAUCAGUAAUGGCACCAGUCAGCCAGUGCUCCUCAACAUCAGCUUUGGACCGGAUGAUGUUAAGGUGACUGUGGACCCUCCAAAAGUAGUCCACCCCACUGGAUCCAACCUCACUCUGUCCUGCUCGGCUCAGUCCAGCCCUCCUGCAGAGUUUACAUGGGCUUUUAAUGGGACGAACACAGAGGGUCAGAAAUUGAACCUGGAGAACAUUCAGGAGAGUCAGAGUGGCGGUUAUACCUGUUGGGCCCAUAACAACAUAACCCUGAGGUCUCAGCCUUCUGACCCCAUACAGAUCUCUGUCAUAGAGAAGAUAUCCGAUGUGAGCAUCACAGGUCCCACAGGAGUACUGAUAGCAGGUAACGGCUCUGCCAACCUGAGCUGUCAGGCAGCUGCUGGAACCCUCAUCUCCACAAAGUGGCUGAAGGAUGGACACUCACUGUCUCCUAGCAACAGAAGCACCUUCUCUGGUGACAACAGCUCUGUGUCCAUAGACCCUGUACAUGGCUCUGAUAAAGGGCACUACCAAUGCAGACUUACCAACCCUGUGAGCACAGGCACUGUCAGCUACAACCUAACUGUCAACUAUGGACCAGAGGACGUUGUCAUACAGGGACACAGAGAGAUAGAAGUGGGCGACACAGUGGUGCUGACCUGUUCUGCAUCAUCAGUACCUCCUGCAACAUUCACCUGGACCUUUAACGGGAAAGAGACUGGUGUCCUAACAGAGGAGUACACUAUUGAGAAAGCCUUAAUUGAUUACAGUGGGACUUACACCUGUCUGGCUAGGAAUUCUGUGACUGGUUUAAGUAUUUCCUCUGCUCCACGUCUGUUGACUGUUACAGUACCCACCCCAAUAGGGGCAAUACUUGGGGGUACGUUUGGCGCUCUGGCAUGUGUAGCACUGGCUGGAGGGGCUUUUGUCUUCAUGAAGAAGAAAAAGAGGAGGGACAUCCCAUGCAACCAAGAUGCACAGGCUGUUGUGUAUGAAAAUACCAAAGAGUUGGGUGGACCCGUUGUGUAUGAAAACCUGGCUGAGGGCUCAAUUGAUCCCAGGUCUGUAGCUUCAGAAAACAGAGAUGAUUAUCAGGAAUUGCAAUUCAAAGAUAGUGCUACCUACUGCACCAUGAAGAGUCAUUGACGAAUGGCAGGGCAGACCUGUGUAGGGCUUGGUAUCAUUUGGAUUUCAGCAAUUCCGGUUCCGGUUCUGCGUAUCCGUUCUGAUUCUUGGUUCCAGGGUUCCGAUUCCAAUAUGGUUAAACAAAUAGUGCCACUCCUAAAAUAUGAUUGGCCACCCCAGUGCUACCCCGCACAUAGUCCAUCUGCAUUUACCAAGACACCGUUUUUACCAAGACACGUCUUUCCCGUUUUGCUGCAUCAAAAGUGCACCUGUCAGGAGCAGCAAUCUGAUUUGCGCGUUAUUGCCUGUUUUGUCAGUCAAUCGGUUUAUAAUUGUCUUAUGAUAACAAUAUAUGAUGUCAUGUAUGAUAUACUAUUUAAUUCAGAUUAGUCAUAAUUGGUGCAAUUUUGGGGCUCUUCAGUGGGCUGUGUGCUAAAAUAGCCAGUGUGACAGGCAUUUGUCAUCGUUAAAUGUCAUUGCCUUAUCAGUAGCCUACAGCCUCUUCAUUUAUGUUUAUGUAACCUAGACCACACAAAGAGAUCACUAAGGGUCUGAGUAACUAGGUCUGGGAGUAACCGGUAUUCCCCACUAUCAGGUAUUCAAAUGAAUGAAUGCACGAGGAGACGGUGUACAAAAAUAAUGCACUUUAAUUUCUGGUGUAUUUUGGUUGACGUAGAAUAUAUAUCAAUAAAGACUUUGUUCAAGGUGGAAAAA